CAUCCACCAAGUGACAAACCAAAAACAAAACAAAUCAAUCAACAUGUUCAAAUUCGCUGCUAUCUUCUUCGCUGUUGUGGCUGUGGCUUCCGCCAAGCCUGGUAUUGUGGCUCCUCUGGCCGCCGCUCCUCUGGCUUAUACCGCUCCCGCUGUGGUGGGCAGUGCCGCCUACGUGGCUCCCUACGCCUCCAGCUACACCGCCAACACGGUGGCCCACAGCGCCGCCUUCCCUGCCGCCUACACCGCCGCCUAUACCGCCCCCAUUGCCGCCGCCUACAGCGCCCCCCUUGCUGCCGCCUAUACCGCUCCAGUGGCCCGCUUUGCCGCUCCUUACGCCGCCCCCUACGCCGCCCCUUACGCUGCCGCCUACACCUCCCCCCUGGCCUACAGCUCGCCCUACGUGGCCCGUCCUUACGUCGCCGCCGCUGCCGCUCCUCUGCUGCUGAAGAAGUAAAUCAACGUAUUUGAACCCUGGAGAAAUAUUGCCCCGUGAGCCUGGCUCAUA